AUGGCCUGGACGGCGGCGGCGGCGAGCGGCGGGGCCCGCGGUACGCUCUCGGCGCACACGCUCCUGUUCGACCUCCCGCCGGCGCUGCUGGGCGAGCUGUGCGCGGUCCUGGACAGCUGCGACGGCGCGCUGGGCUGGCGCGGCCUCGCGGAGCGACUUUCAAACAGCUGGCUGGAUGUUCGUCACAUCGAAAAAUAUGUUGACCAAGGUAAAAGUGGAACAAGAGAACUACUCUGGUCCUGGGCACAGAAAAACAAGACCAUCGGUGACUUGUUACAGAUCCUCCAGGAGAUGGGGCAUCAUCGAGCUAUCCAUUUAAUUGUGAACCAUGGAGCACCCUUGAAGAGUCAGAGUCAUCAUGGAGAUAGAUUUCCAAACAUGUUACCCAAGGAAAUAGCCAGUGUCACAGUGGAUAAUGUUCUUAUUCCUGGACAUAAUGAAAAAGGAAUAUUGUUUAAAUCCUCCGUCAGCUUUCAAAACAUCAGAGAUGGAACCAAAAAUUUCCACAAAGACUUCCUAAUUGGAGAAGGGGAGAUUUUUGAGGUAUACAGAGCAGAGAUCCAAAACCGAACAUAUGCCAUUAAAUUAUUUAAACAGGAGAAAAAAAUGCUAUGUAAGAAACAAUGGAAGCAGUUUUUAUCUGAGCUUGAAGUUUUACUACUGUUCCAUCAUCCAAACAUACUGGAGUUGACUGCGUAUUUUACAGAGAGUGAGAAGUUCUGCCUUGUUUAUCCAUAUAUGAGAAAUGGAUCACUUUUUGACAGAUUGCAGUGUGUAGGUAACACAGCCCCACUGUCUUGGCACAUUCGGAUCAGUGUUUUAAUAGGAACCUCCAGAGCCAUUCAGUAUUUGCACAACACGGAGCCGUGCUCGGUCAUCUGUGGCAGUGUAUCAAGUGCGAACAUACUUUUGGAUGAUCGGUUUGAACCCAAACUGACGGACUUUGGCAUGGCGCACUUCCGACCCCACCCGGAACAUCAGAGCUCUACCAUAAGCAUGGCUAGCAGCAGCACUAAACAUCUGUGGUAUAUGCCUGAAGAGUAUAUCAGACAGGGCAAACUUUCCAUUAAAACGGACGUCUAUAGCUUUGGAAUUGUAAUCAUGGAAGUUCUGACAGGUUGUAAAGUGGUGUUAGAUGAUCCAAAGCAUAUCCAGCUGAGGGAUCUCCUUAUGGAGUUGAUGGAGAAGAGAGGACUCGAUUCAUGCCUUUCGUUUCUAGAUAAGAAAGUGCGUCCCUGUCCUCGGAAUUUUUCUGCCAAGCUAUUCUCUUUGGCGGGCCAGUGUGCUACCACGCGGGCAAAGUUAAGACCAUCAAUGGAUGAAGUCCUAACUACUCUUGAAAGUACUCAAGCCUGCUUAUAUUUUGCUGAGGACCCUCCCACUUCACUAAAGUCCUUCAGGUGCCCUUCUCCUCUAUUCUUGGAUAACGUACCAAGUAUUCCAGUGGAAGAUGAUGAAAACCAGAAUAAUCACUCACACCCUCAUGAUCAAGGUUUGAGAAAAGAUGGAGUGACUCCGAAAGUUCCAUUUGAAUGCAGCCAGUCUGAGGUUACAUUUCUGGGCAUUCACAGAAAGUCAGGGGGUGAGAGAAAAGAGGAUGCAUGCAACACGCCCAGUUCUUCUUGUAAAGAAAGUUGGUCUGCAAAGCAUUCAGCUCUAUCACAGGACUCAGGGGCCUGUGGUGCAGAUCUGGACCCUUCUGCAGAAGCUCCAGACCCUUCUUACAGGAGCAGGCCAGUGGAGACCAGCUGUUCCUCUGAAUCUUCCUGGAACGAAUGUGAGCAGUACAAAAAGGAAUCGAUUUCACCAGAAGAUAAAGAAGAAAGCAAGUAUUGCUAAGGCCUCUGAGUACAGGUAUCAUCUUGGGAAAACAUUGUUACCAUAAGUAAUGCGAAAAAGGACAAUGGAUGGUGAGUUUGGGUGAUGCGGAUCUACUCUCUGGACAAUUCUACCCCUUCCUUCCCAACUCCGAAAACAGAGUGGCUCAAACCUAGGCUAUAUGAGAGCCAUCCAAAAUUACUUAAGAUCAUGAGCUGUGGCUUUAGACAAACAAAACCUACCAAAGAGGGACUAGAUUCUACGGUCUUCUCCAUCGUCAUCAACAUGAGCCCCUGUGCCACCAGUCUGCUAAGUACAUUCAGUUCAGUUAGAUUGCAUUAUUCAGUUUGGCUCGCUUGUGAAGGUUGUAAGAAGUGUCUAAUUUGUAAAUGUUAACAGGUGCCUUUUUAAAGAAUUACCUUUGUGUUUAUCUUAAUUAACCUUUAGUAUUUUUCUGUUCCUCCCUGUCAAGCCUGUCUGUUUGAAAAUG